AUGACUGAACAGGACGAACGCCUUCAGUUAUCCGACGCUGUUAAUGCAUUGAAAAGCGACGACGAUUUUGACGCGCCGGUUCCGGAGGAGGAUUUAGAGUUGAGCACUACGUCGGGUGAGAGCCAGGAUUCGUGCCUAGUUCCAGAAAUGGUCGAUGCCGUCACGAUGGAAAAGUAUCGCAAGUUCGGCCCGUUUGGCAAGCUGCACAAUAUAGGCAUUGCCCUUCGAACGAGCAGCCAACUUCUCGAGGACUUUCACGAAGCUCAGCGGCAAACCGCUCCCGACGAACCAGUACUUACGUGGGUCCAGAACGUCUGUACUCGCUGGCAGUCUGAUGAGGCAAUGGCAUCUCGAGCGCUACUGAAACGAUCCGCUUUGAACAGAAUGCUGUCCAUAGUGGAGGAAAGAUGGUCACUGCGGUUCAAAAGAUUCUCCAACCUUUUAAGAUUGCCUCAAAGCAGCUCCAGGGGGGCUGGCAUUCCUGGUCAACGCUCAACAUCGGGAGGCUUCGAUGAGUACUUUCAGGUCGUCGAGAUGCUCCUUGAUCAUCUCGAGCUGGCCGUUCAAGGCGUCGUAAUCGAAGAGAACGAUGAUCAGAUGAUGGAAGAAGUUCACUUGUUCGACGAUAUGGACGCAAAAACUCGAAGGCUGUUGAAGAUCUACGUAAAGCUCGGUUGGAAGAAAUUGAAUGAUUACUACAGUAAACUAACCUCCACCGCCUACGUUGCUGCGGUUGUCUUUCACCCGUGUAAAAAAUGGCGAACUCUAGAGCAGCUAUGGAAUCAGCUUCCGUCUCGUCAGAUGUUUGAAUGGAAGAGGACGUAUGCAGGGAGUUUGAGGAGGAUUUGGGAGACAAAGUAUAAGAACACGGCUCAUGAGCUAGCCUACAAUACAAUCUCAGCACACGGAAGCCAAGAUGGCUUGGAUUAUAUCGAGCGUUGGCUGGCGUUUAGUCGAUCGAUAGCUCGUGCAGACGCUCAGGGGCCACAAAGCAAACAGAGAAAGCAGUCAAUCUCAUUGUCACCACAAGACGAACUUGAUCAAUACCUCUCUGAACCACCAGUAGACAACAUGGCGUACAAAACCGACCCGAUUGGUUGGUGGAGAGACGUUGGCGCUGUGUGA